ACUCGUCACAAUCACGAGGGCAGGUCCUACAAAGUCGGAGGUCUCCGGAACGAAUCUUCCCCCGUCGCGUCACUCUUCCAGCCCAGACGUCCCGUCCGCCUAAAGAGUCCGAUAACCUCCUGGGCCCAGCCACGUGGUCGCCUCGCAAACAGAGAAACUGAGCAAGAGAGAAAGAGAGCAAGAGAGAGAGAGAGGUGGAGAGAGGAAAUCAUUUGUCAUUUUGGGCGACCGACUCCUCGCUGCACCUCGCGGCCUCCCGUCGCGCCAGACGACCAUGUCCGAGGUGAUGGGUUCGUUCCGAGUCAUCUCGGAGGAAGAGCAGACCCUCCGCUCCAAGAUGGACCGCCUCACCCCGUGCGACCACGGGCCCGUUUUCGGGCCCUGCAGCAAAAUCCCUGCGCACACCCUGCAGAAGGCUCGCGACGAGCUGAACGAGACGGACGAGCUCCGCGGCUCUGCCGUUCAGGAGCUGCGCGAGAUGAUCAUGGAGAGGGCCGACACGGACGAUGACUUCUGCAUGACCGUGGCGGCAAAGAUGCGUGCCAAGGACGACGCCUUCCUCCUGCGCUUCGUGCGCGCACGCAAGUUCGACGUUCCGCGCGCGUACGACCUCGUCAAGGGCUACGUGCACUUCAGGGAGCAGUACCCGGAGCUGUUUGAGAACCUGUGCCCCGAGGCGUUGCGCAGCACCAUCGAGGCCGGCUACCCGGGUGUGCUGCCCUCAAGGGACAAAUACGGCCGCGUGGUACUCCUCUUCAACAUCGAGCACUGGGACUAUCAGGAGAUCACCUUCGACGAGAUCCUGCGUGCGUACUGCAUCAUCUUGGAAGACCUCCUGGUCAACGAGGAGACCCAGAUCAACGGCUUCUGCAUCAUCGAAAACUUUGCCGGCUUCAGCAUGCAGCAGGCCUCCGGCAUCAAACCCUGGGAGCUCAAGAAGAUGGUGGACAUGCUGCAGGACUCCUUCCCCGCGCGGUUCAAAGCCGUGCACUUCAUUAACCAGCCGUGGUACUUCACCACCACCUACAACAUCGUGAAGCCCUUCCUCAAGGCCAAGUUGCUGGACAGGGUGCACGUGCACGGCGAGGAUCUGGUGCAGUACUACUCCGAGUUCGACGUCGACAUCCUGCCCGAGGACUUCCGGGGCAACCAGCCCAAGUAUGACGGCAAGGCCACGGCCGCCAAGCUCUUCGACAGCUCGCGGGACAGCGAGGACACUGCCCUCUGAGUGGGCGCGCUCGCUCGCCCCCCAAAAAACACCCGCACCCACGCCGUGCCCCCCAACAACCACCCGCACCCACGCCGUGCCCCCCAUAAAUCACCCGCACCCACGCCGUACCCCCCAGAAACACUCGCACCCACGCCGUGCCCCCCAAAAACCACCCGCACCCACGCCGUGCCCCCCAAAAACCACUCGCACCCACGCCGUACCCCCCAGAAACACUGGCACCCACACCGUACCCCCCAGAAACACUCGCACCCACGCCGUGCCCCCCCAAAACCACCCGCACCCACGCCGUGCCCCCCAAAAACCACUCGCACCCACGCCGUGCCCCCCAAAACCACCCGCACCCACGCCGUGCCCCCCAAAAACCACUCGCACCCAUGCCGUGCCCCCCAAAAACCACCCGCACCCACGCUGUACCCCCAAAAACACUCGCACCCAUGCCAUAACCCCCCCAAAAAAUCACUCACACCCACGCCGUACCCCCCCAAAAACACUCGCACCCACGCCGUACCCCCCAAAAACCACCCGCACCCACGCCGUACCCCCCAAAAACCACCCGCACCCACGCCGUGCCCCCCAAAAACCACCCGCACCCACGCCGUGCCCCCCAAAAACCACCCGCACCCAUGCCGUGCCCCCCAAAAAACACUCACGCCGUACCACCCCAAAAACACUCGCAUCCACACCAUAACCCCCCAAAAACACUCGCACCCACGCCGUGCCCCCCAAAAACACUCGCACCCACGCCGUAAACACUCGCACCCAUUUCGAUUUAAAGCUUUCGUUACUGCAAGGAUUCAUCUUCUUUGGCUCUUUCGGAAAAGUCACCACGUAGAAUGAGAAUAAAAUAAUAAAAUAAAAUAACAAAAUUCUUGCGACGUUUCGGCCACGUCGUGAGAAUUGUAUUGCGUUAUUUUAUUUAAUUAUUUUUAUUUUCAUUCUACGUGACUUUACCGAAAGAACCAAAGAAGACUCGCACCCAUUUCAAAUGAUCCCCACCAAUGAACAAAUCCCGUAGCAGACAGCCCCUCUUCUCACCCCAUCAUCCACCGCAAGCACUCAACCACAGUGCCUACCUCUGUUCCUGUAGAGAGAGUGAGAGGCGGAAUAUCGCUACGGACCGGCCAGUGUUGUCAAUCGCGUCGUUCGCCGUGUUCUUAAGAGGCGCGCGUAGCCGUCGACCUUGCUGUGAAGUUUUAAACGCAAACGUGGCAUUGUCCCCCGCAGUAGCAUUCGGUUGUUGUUGGUUUGUUUGAGACGCGAAGGGACGUGGACAGGAUUUUUACUGCACGGCCCCACCUCGGUGUCUCUUCGCCUUCUUUCCCCUUCUCUUUUCUCCACUACCCCCGAUAACCGAGCCACGACGGGGCCGUGCUGGGCCGGCCCCAGCCCGGCGCGGCUUCAGGAGGCGGGGGCCCCCAAGUUUUGUUUGUCCACUCGAAGACGCGUUGUGGGGUCAGUGAUGACAACGGUACACGCCGCCUUCGGCUCGUGUGGCGGCUGACCGUCAGGCUCGGUGAGCACGUCGUCACGACGGGCCGCGCUGGCCCUGCUUGGCCCAGAUGCAGAAUUUCAACAUUUGCCCUAGGGGCCAUAGUAGCAUGGUUAGGUCGCGACACAGCACGGCGGAAUCGCCAGUCGGAAAACCAUCCGUGCCGCGGGGGCGCCUCCUGCUGGCUCGGCUCGGAUGUGGCCAGUGGGAAAAAAAAGAGCUGUAUCUCGUCAAAUAGAUGAAUCAACGUGACUUGAGCUGUCCCACCUGGUUUUGAAUAAACUUUUGUUGAUUGAU